AUGAAUCUCUCUUCCUGUGUGCUUACAGCUGUGGAUACUGCUGGAUGCCCUGAGAAGGAGAUUUUGAAUUGUAACCAGAUUGAUACUGAUGAUGGUGUGGGCUGUGAAGACGAAGAUGAGGAAGCGGCUGCAAUGAUUGCAGAAUCACAUUCAGGAGAUAAAGCUGCAAAUAGUAAUGAUUCAGACUGGAGCAUGGAUUGUUCUACAGUUCUAAGAGUUAAGACUUUACACAUCAGCUCUCCCAUUUUAGCAGCAAAAAGUCCAUUUUUCUAUAAGCUCUUCUCAAAUGGGAUGAGAGAGUCGGAACAACGACAUAUCACUUUACGAAUCAAUGCCUCUGGUAAUGAAGCUCAAGAACAGCUUUCCGAGGCAGAGAAGGAGAUACAGAGGCUACUGGAGAGAUGCGAUGGUGUUUCAAGCAACAGCCCGGCUUCAUUGUUCUCCAUGGAAACCAUGGAUCCACCUCCUUUUCUAGGGGAGUUUGGGAUGGAAGGGUUUGGAAAUAUUUUUUAUGUGCCAGAAAACAAUUACAAUCAUGGCAUGGAUUGGGUUAAUCUUAUAUGAUAUGUAAUUAAAGCAAUUCUAGUAUUAAUGUAGCUAGUGACCAUCUUAUGUA